AUGACGGCUCGCCACCGUACGGAGGGGAACGAGGUGGCGGUGAAGUUCAUCAUUAAGAGUAAGGUGCCGGACCAUGCGUGGGUGGAUGACGGGUACGGCGGACGAGUCCCGGCGGAGGUCAUGCUCCUCGGAGGGCUAGAGCAUCCGAACAUUGUCAAGUGUUUCGAACUCUACGAAGACGAGACCUAUUAUUACAUGGUGCAAGAGUUGCACGGCACUCCUUGGGUAUCGAAGAAAGAGAAGAAGGCGAAACAGCCGACUGCCCCAGGCUCGCUCUGCACCCCGUCGGCUUCCUCGCCGCCGCUGCUAACUCCUUCCUUGUCCAACGACUCCAUGUUCGACUCGGUACCUCCGACACCAUAUAUGUCGUCGGACAGUCUACGUGACCUUCCUUCUAUCUCGGUCUCUCUACAGAGUCCAAUGUUACACGAGCAAGGAUCCGCUCUUUUUGCCCCACCGCACAUCCAACAUCCGUCGCCAUCGGCGGCUCAAGAAGUGCAGGAGAAGGCUCAGGGGGAAGACCAUGCGCAUGGUCUACUUCGGGGGCCGCUUCCGAUGCCUCUGCCUCUGCAGGUUCGCCCGAACUUUUCAAGGCGUCCAUCGUACGACCUCUUCGAGUGCAUUGAACAGAGCAAGUAUAAGCGCCUCUCCGAAAAUCAGGCGCGAUACAUCUUCGCGCAGGUCGUGGAGGCGGUAUAUCACUUGGAUAGCAAGGGCAUCACGCACUGCGACAUCAAGGACGAGAACCUACUCGUAGACAGCGACCUAAGGGUGAAGCUCAUCGACUUCGGCAGCGCUGUCUGGGUAGACGAUCCGUCAGCGCCUCGGCCAUACUACCACCAGUUCUACGGUACUACUGCGUAUGCGUCCUCCGAGAUACUGCGGAAGAUGCCAUACCGCGCCCCACCUGCUGAGAUAUGGACGCUCGGUGUGCUGCUUUCGUACCUCCUGACGGGCCAUUCGCCAUUCCCGACUGAGCUGGACGCGAUCGAGGGACGUAUCACGCUCCGCGAACUGGGCUCUGCGCGCCUCAGUCGAGCGGCGAUCUCGCUCAUACAGAGGUGUCUAGAGCGGGACCCUGAUCGUCGUGCAGAUAUUGUGGAAGUGCGCGGCCAUCGAUGGUUGGUGGGCGCGCUCGAGCGGGGUGGACAGGAUCAGUAG